CGUAAUAUGGAAAGGACCAACGAUUCCAUGUUGACAGAAUUUGUUCUGGUGGGGCUUUCAGCUCAUCCAAAGCUUCAGACAGUUUUCUUUGUGCUAAUUUUGUGGAUGUACCUGCUGAUCCUGCUUGAAAAUGGAAUCCUCAUCUCAGUAAUCAUCUACGACUCUCGCCUGCACACCCCUAUGUAUUUCUUCCUCUGCAAUCUGUCUUUCCUGGACAUUUGUUACACAAGCUCAUCUGUCCCACUAAUCCUCGACAGUUUUCUGACUGUAAGGAAAAGAGUUUCCUUUUCUGGCUGCAUGGCACAAAUGUUUCUCUCCUUUGCCAUGGGGGGAACAGAGUGCGUGCUUCUUGGCAUGAUGGCCCUUGACCGCUAUGUGGCCAUCUGCUACCCACUGAGAUACCCUGUCAUCAUGAGCAAGGGUGCCUACGUGUCCAUGGCAGCUGUAUCAUGGCUCACUGGGCUUACUAACUCAGUGGUACAGACAUCUCUUGCAAUACGACUACCAUUCUGUGGAAACAAUGUUUUAGAAUAUUCAGAUUUCUUAGAAAAGAAGCUCAAUGGGCUUGGAUUUGCAGUAAGAAAUUUUCCUCAGAUUUAUGUUGUUACACCCAAAUAUAGAACUGCAUAA